AUGAGACCUCCUACAAGUUGUCCUCCGAUCAUUCGGAUCGCCAAUGGCACCUUCUAUCGCCAUCACCCAAACACUACUACUACAACACCAUCACGGCCAAAUCCACCUCUUUUUAGCGAUUUGAGUUUCGAGCUGGCUUCUACAUCAAACUUGCCUAGAAACUGGUGUAUCGUUGGUCCAUCACUAUCAGGAAAGACAACACUCCUGCAGGCUUUGAAGGGAAGGUUCCUUUGUGAACCACCUAUUGCAAGAUCCUAUCCAUACCUCUCUUCCGAGAACGUUCCCAAGCGGUUACGCACGCCGCAAAAGGCGAUCCAGUAUGUGGGCUUUGAUGCUGAACAAACUGGUGGUGGCUUAGGCGGCGGUGUUGCCACCAGUGCGUACUUGUCUGCGAGGUAUGAGUCGAGACGUGAGAUCACGGACUUUUCCCUCAGGGACUUUCUUCUAGGAAACACAGAGCUUAAUCCUAUGAAGACAGAACAAGGCGAUGACGACGCUGCUAUAUCACCCGAACUACUGUCCCGAGUCGUCAGGGAUUUGAAGCUGGAGAAUCUUCUUGAUCUACCUGUCUCAUUCCUUAGCAAUGGCCAAGGUCGAAGAGCACGUAUUGCUCGUGCACUUCUAACAAAGCCGGAGGUUUUGUUACUCGACGAGCCUUUUAUGGGACUGGAUCCUCCUACAGUCUCUGGGUUAAGUCCUCUACUGCAUUCGCUAGCUGAAAAGGCAAGCCCUCGUCUCGUUUUGAGCGCGAGGCCACAGGACCCUGUGCCUGACUGGAUUACUCACUUGGUAUAUCUGAGAACAGACUGCCAAGUGGGCACAAUGGGUCCCAAGGAAGAGGUCCUUAAGGGUCUGAAGAAAUAUGUACAGGGUGUUCGAAAAGGUGGUCUUGUUGAGGAUGAGAAACUACCAUUGCACUCGCUUGUCGAUAUUGGUCGUGUGCUACCCUCAGCUGCUUCUACGGGAGGUUCAGAUCAUACAGAGCAAUCAUCAUUCAACGAGCUGGAACCAAGGAACUCCAAUGCUGAACCCCUCGUUGAGAUGGACGGCUGCAAGGUUCAGUACCGUGGGAAGGUCGCGCUGGGUAACUGGACGCAGAAAACCACUGAUGGUUCUAAAGAUGGCUUGAUUUGGACGGUUCGGCGUGGCGAGCGGUGGGGUGUUUUCGGUCCCAAUGGAUCAGGCAAAACGACGAUAGUUUCGCUGCUUUGCUCUGAUCACCCUCAAUCUUAUUCCCUUCCCAUCAAGUUAUUCGGACGAUCUCGUCUUCCAGAACCUGGCUCUGGUCAACGGCCGCUCACAUUCUGGGAUAUACAAUCACGAAUCGGACACUCUAGCCCCGAAGUUCAUCAGCAUAUGCCUCGAAACCUGACUGUACGCCAGACUAUCGAGAACGCAUGGUCAGAGACGUUCCGCGCCAAGCCGAAGUUGGACGAUACUGCUAAGGAAAGGGUUGAAGCAGCUCUCCAGUGGUUUGCGCCUGAGCUACAUCCCGCUUAUUCUUCAGCGUCGCACGAGAACCUCUCCUGGGCGGAUGACUACAUGUUUGGUGGUCUCUCGUUUAGCGCACAGCGUAUUGCGCUUUUUAUCCGCUCCAUGAUCAAGUGUCCAGAUGUCGUAGUUCUCGAUGAAGCUUUCAGUGGCAUGGACGAUGCGGUACGGGACAAGUGCACAUUAUUCCUCGAGCAAGGCGAAGCCAAGACAUACCGCGGCGAAGAGAUCGUUGAGAGUGAGGCAUCAAAGUCUGGCCAGGUUAAGAUCCCAGGUCUUUCUCAUCAGCAAGCACUGAUCUGCAUCGCGCAUGUUAAGGAGGAAGUGCCGGAUUGUGUGAGGGAGUGGCUGUGUCUCCCUGAGGCUAAUACAGGAAGUGCAGCGAGGUUUGGACGAUUAGAUGGCCCAUUAAGAACUGACGAGAAGAGAUGGCAUAAGGUAUGGGGGUUCUAA